AUGGUGGAUGAUCUUAUUGAUAUUGAGUUGUUGCUUGGUGACAUCGGGGAAGAGGAGACAACGGAUGGAGGUAAUUUAGAGAUUGGUGAGUUGAUGGAUAUGGAGGUUCCAGUUCCGAGUGAUACAACUACUCAAACCAACCCCACUGAUAAUACUACUACUCAGACCCCUACUCAAAAUAAUACAAACACAAACACUGAUGCUUCAACCCCUCAAGUUGCCCAAGCUCAGAGUUCCCAGAGUCAGAGAAAUGCUGAUGGUAGAGCUCCUCGUCCCAAAAAAUCUGCUGUUCAUUCUGAAAUGGUGCUGAUUGUAGGUCCAGAUGGCAUUAAGAAGUGGAAGUGCAGAUGGUGUGGAAAGCUUUACACAUAUGAUUCAAAGUGGAAGAGUACCUCUAAUGGUAAGAAACAUUUAGAUGCUUGUAUUCAGAGAAGGUUAAGGUUGAAAGGAAAUAAUGAGAAAGAGUUUGCUCAGUCUAGAUUAAACAUAGGUGAUAAUACUCCUAGUUUAGCUACUUGGACAUAUAAUCAUGCUAGGGUUAGAGAAAUUGCAGCACACAUGAUUCUAGGUCAUGAAUUUCCUUUUUCUGUUAUGGAAGGUGUUAUUUUUAAUGAGUUUCUAAAAGAGAUUUAUCCAUGGUACAAAAAGAUUACUAGGCAACAGGUUAAGUUUGAUUGUGAGACAUUUUAUGAGGCUGAGAGAAUUAAAAUGAAAAGGUCUAUGGCUUUGAUUAAUAGGGGAAUUGAUAAUUGCAUUGCUAGGUUGAAGAGGGAUUAUUCUGGUAGGAGAAAUUUACCCUUAGGUGGUAAGUUAUUUCAUGUAAGGUGUUGUGCACACAUCUUAAAUCUGUUGGUGCAGGAUGGGCUUGAUAUGAUUAAGGUGUCUGUUGAUAAGAUAAGAAAUGGUGUCAAAUACUUGCUCAAUUCUGAAACAAGAUGCAAAUCAUUCAAAAAGAUUGUUGAUGAGUUGCAACUUGAAGGCAGAAUGCAAGUGUUGGAUACAAAGACUAGGUGGAACUCAACUUGGUUGAUGUUGUCUACUGCAUACCAUUACAGAGAAGUGUGGCCUAGAUAUGCUGAGGAAAAUGGUGCAUUUCUCAGUUUUUUGCCUGAUGCAAAUGAUUGGGAAGAUGUUCAUGAUAUUUGCAAGUUUUUGGAGGUUUUUGCUGAUGUGACAUCAAUUAUUAGUGGCACAUCUUACCCUACUGCUAAUCUGUUUUUGUCUGAGCUUUACAGAGUGAAGGUUUUACUUGAUAAUCCUUCAAGAAUCUCACAUAAUCCUCAGUUGCAGGCCCUUGCUAGUGAAAUGAAGUUGAAAUAUGACAAGUAUUGGUCAGAGUCCAAUACAUUGAUUUCUAUUGGUGCAGUUCUUGAUCCAAGGUAUAAGAUGAUCUUCAUCAAAUGGGUAUACCCCUUUUUGUAUCCAAAUCCCACUCAAUCAGAUACAUAUCAACAACAGUUGUCUGAAAAUUUAAGUACCCUCUUCCAAUUGUAUCAAGAUUCCUAUGGAACCAAUGAUGCAACUACCCCUACUGCUGCAUCUGAAUCUCCAGAAGUAGGAUCUACUUCUGGAUUGGGAAGGAGGAACUUGAAAUGUUUUUAG